GUCGACUACUGCAGAAGUCACAGCGUAAAUCGGGAAGGAGUAGACGUGCCUCUCUUCAGUUCGUGCACGACUCUUGCCUCCGCAGUGCACUGCUGGAUAGCGCUCAGUACAGUCAGUCUGCGCCCGGACGCUUCACGCACACACCAGUGACCUGCCAAUGCGACGCAUCUCACUCUCAAAAGGUCUCGAACGCUACACCACAACGAAGAGCAUGGGGAAUUCACUUCGGACUCAUUGAUAAAGAAUUGCCACUGGAAUUAAAAUGAACAAUUCGUCCUGUAUGUUCCUUUGCAGUAUCCAUUUAGUAUAGUCUAUUUGUUUAUGACACUGUAGGAAACCGAAGCAUGGCGGGUACCUUAUCAUUGGUGAUGUUGUUUGGAGUGGUUGGGGUGUUGGUGGCUUCUAAGACGGAGCGGGCGGUGCAGGUGCCCUGUGACUCAGGCCAGUACACCAAGGGUGGAGAGUGCUGCGAGGUGUGCCCACCUGGAGAGGGGGUGGUGAGGAGGUGUGGUGCCAACCAGACCGUCUGUGCCCAGUGCCUAGACAGCGAGACCUACUCAGAGACCUACAGCCACACAGACACCUGUAUCCCCUGCACCAUGUGUACAGGUCUGAUGCGCAUGCAGACGCCCUGCACUGACUCCAACAAUGCCAUCUGCGUGUGUGACUACAACUACUACCUGAAUGAGGUGUCUGGGCGCUGUGAGCCCUGCACGGUGUGCCCGGCGGGCCAGGGCGUGUUGGCACACUGCGAGCACAACCACGACACGGUGUGUGAGGAGUGUAUAGACGACACCUACUCUGACCGGGACAGCUCCCUGGACCCCUGCCUGCCCUGCACCAUAUGUGAUGAGGGCAUCGAGGUGGAGCUGAGCGCCUGCACCCCCAUCAGCGACUCCUUCUGUCAUAAUCCUCUCCUCCCGUCCUACACUUCUCCCACCUUUCCCCUGGACCCGUCUUCCCCCUCUUUCACAGACAUCUUCCCACCAGACAGCUCCAGCAGCCCCUCCCCGGGGGGAGAGAGCACCACGGCCCAGCCCAGCCCUCACUUCAUCAGAACGGGCUUCAACGAGAACCUCAUCCCCAUCUACUGCUCCAUCCUGGCUGCUGUGGUGGUGGGGCUGGUGGCCUACAUCGUCUUCAAAAGGUGGAACAGCUGCAAGCAGAACAAACAGCCGGCUAACAACCACCAAGCCACAGCAGCCAGUCAAACGGUGACGCCGGAGGGGGAGAAGCUGCACAGCGACAGCGGCAUCUCAGUGGACAGCCAGAGUCUGCAGGAGCAGCAGCAUGCAGCCCAGGUCCAGACACAGACACACAGACAGGAACAGAUAGUGGUGAGGGUGGAUGGGGGACCUGACUCACCUCCCCCCCAGGUCUGAGGAAGAGGAGAAGCCGCUGACAGGAUGGAGGAGAGGGGGAAGUGGGGUUGCCAUGGAAACCUUGAUGUGGGAACGGACUGAGUGGGCUUCUUGGAUACAACAAGGAAGUUGACGACAUUAUCGCCCCUUUUCACCAAGGGUGGCCACUGGUUUCUGACUGGACUCUUGUCCCAGUAUGGACCCUUAUUGGACAGACUGGAGCAUCAGAGGCUGACCCAGUAUCUCUACACAGAACCCAACUCUGCCAGUGUGUCUUUGAACACUAAACCUCUCCGCCAGUACCAACCCUAACACCAACGCCAAACACCAACCCAAACCCAAACCCUAACACCAACCAACUGUCUGCCUCAAGUCACUAAAGUUGCAAUAUCACUACCACCCAUAAUCCAAGAAGCAUCACUGUGUUAGAUAUCCUGGUCUCCGUCUUUUCUGUCAGCUGGUGUUGACCAAUCAUUAUGAAAAGUGUGUUAGCAUGUUAUCCCAUGAAGGAGUUUCAUCCUGUGUCCCCAUAAGUUCACUGCCAACUUCCUUUGACCAUUUGCUAAAAUGAUUAUUCAUCCACCCCCCGAUUCCCCCCUACUCACUCACAUCAUCAAAUGUUUGUGCCUCAGAGGUAGAUAGACCCUUGUCUGUACUCUCUCUCUCUCAGCGUGUAACUAUUUGUCCCUCUUUCCAUCCCUCCAUCUGUACCUAUCCUAUCCGAGUGUGUUCUCAGGGCAAGUCCUGCAGUAGUCUCUCCGUCACACCCCCAGACUGUCUUCUCAGACCUCAGCAGUAGCAGCUUGUUGUAAUCCUCCAUGUGAACCUGUCUGAUAGUAUCCCACUGUUAUCUAUUCAACACAACUCAGUGGGGGAACGGUUAUGCUGCGUUUAGAUGGUACGAGGUAGACGGCGUCCGCAUGUCAUUGUUUUCAAUGAGAGCACGGCGGUAAAUGCCGUUGAGGUCACGGUAGACGGGACAUGCCACCAGAGUUAAAAUAUUUAAACUUUUGUUGUCUGUCGUAGCGUUGUUUUCUACCAGAUGUUGAUUUGCACUGUUUGUUUACCAAAAUCACCAUAGCAACACAUACCGUCGUGCUGACUUGCUUUCUUCUUGUAUGACGGUUUCUGUGUCCCUCGUCUAAAUGCAGCAUUAGUCACCCAUUCCAAAAUCUCCUAUCCUUUUUCUUUACCACAGACACAGACAUUCCUAAGGUGUACAGGGACGGACACUGGUGUUGUGUUGUGUUGUUGUUAGACUGUUGCCUCUGAUUACUGCUCUCCUAUUCUCAUUGGCUGUGGAUCAUUCCAUCAUUCCGUCACCGCAACAUGAUACACCAUCCCUCCUCUGUUUUCUGACACACUUGAGUCCUUUUCUCCAUCCAACAUGGACUCCGGGAUUCUGUUGGAAUGAGUCAUGCUUUGAAUGUAACAGAUUCUAGAUGUUUCUCUCGUGUCUGUUUGUGGCGCAUCCGCCUCUCUUAGUGGUUUGAGUUACAAGGCCUCCUCAGCAGUGCAGCUCCAUUACCCCAGGAGCUGUGAUAUGCAAUGUGAGGAGCAUUUUUGGACUAUUUAACAUUCCUGACUCAUUGACCUGACGCAUAAUGUGAUGUCCAACUGCCAAAAAUGGAACUGUGACAUCAUCAGAAAGAGGCUCUGCAGUAUCAGUAUUCGAGGCUGUUCCAUGGUAGCCUGACGAGAGUUGUCUAGAAAUAGUACACAGUUUAUAUACAAACACUAUAUAGUAGGUUAUACUCAAGACUCCCCUUAAUGAUCAAUUAUAUUGUACUUGCUCACUCGUCAGAGACUUCCGUCUCACUGAAAUAAACACAAGCACUUGCACACACACACUCACGUGCAGAUAUGUGUGUGUGCUAAAGAGUGUGCGGUGGCGCUAAUGUGUCUGCUGCGGUAUGGUAUGGUAGGGGUAUGGGUGUAAACACAGGGGCCAUUAGGGAGACAUUCCUGACAGGCAGGUAUAAUUACCUCAGGGGUUCAGGUUCAUUUAGCUUCACUCAGUCAGCUGGCUCUCAUCUGAAUCCCUCUGUUCUGUACAGCACAGAGACAUACAGAACGCUUUUAAAGUGGCAACAAUGUGACAGUACCAUUACUCACCUCUCAUGUGUCUGAGAGAGCAGUGACAUUUUACUGUAUCACAAUAGUGAUCUGAAGCAUACUGAAGCAUACGCAGCAUACUGAACACGCAGUAGGUAUUAGAUGUUAGCAAUGUAGCUACGCUUACUGUAACUGUACUGCUUUGAAGUCCAGGUUUGAUUCCCAGGGACAUGCGAUUACUCAGGGUCCCUUUGGUGCGGUUUGGUGCUUGAAUUUAGAUGUAGGUAGAUAGUGCUUGAAUUUAGAUGUAGGUAAAUAGUGCUUGAAUUUAGAUGUAGGUAGAUAGUGCUUGAAUUUAGAUGUAGGUAGAUAGUGCUUGAAUUUAGAUGUAGGUAGAUAGUGCUUGAAUUUAGAUGUAGGUAGAUAGUGCUUGAAUUUAGAUGUAGGUAGACAGCAAAGUAGAGAUAUUAGCAGAGAUACUUUUGAGUGUGUGUGUGUGAGAGAGAGAUAGAGAGAGAGAGAGAGAGAGAGAGAGAGAGAGAGAGAGAGAGAGAGAGAGAGAGAGAGAGAGAGAGAGAGAGAGAGAGAGAGAGA